CUUGCACAGCGGUCCUUGCCGGAGCCGGAGAGGGGGUGGCGGAGGUGAGAGCGGCGGAAGUCACUCACGCUUUGCCAUGGCAACCGGGGUCUGCCUCGGGCCCGGGGGUCGCUGCCCCAGGCGGGGAGCGGGAUCCGGCCCGAUGCUGGGGCUUUAAGAAAGACACCAAGUGUCACCAGAGCUGCAACACUGGAUGAGCGGUGUCCCUUAAACCAGGAAACACAACGCCACUGAAAAUCCAAUUUUAAUAAUAAAGGUCACUAUGAAGGUUCUGUAUUGUCAGCAGAAUUCAGCUGGAGAGGAAAUUACAUUUGUCUUCCAGGAAAGGGAAAAUCUUCCUGUUACAAGAGACAAUGAUGUGAAAAUACAGAUUAAAGCCUGUGCUCUGAGCUGGACAGAUAUAAAGCUUUUAUCAGAAAUGAAGAUGAAGAAAGAAUUUCUACCUGUUGGGAGGGAGAUUGCUGGAGUGGUGUUAGAGGUUGGAAGCAAAGUGUCCUUCUUUCAGCCAGAUGAUGAAGUAGUGGGAAUCUUGCCCCUGGAUUCAGAAGAGUCUGGUCUCUGUGAAGUUGCUCUAGUUCAUGAGCAUUAUUUGGUUCAUAAACCAGAAAAAGUCCCUUGGGUUGAAGCAGCAGGGACCAUUCGUGAUGGCCUACGAGCAUACACAGCCCUACAUUAUCUUUCCCAUGUUUCUCCUGGAAAAACAGUACUAGUAAUGGAUGGAGCAAGUCCAUUUGGUACAAUAGCUAUUCAGUUAGCACAGCACAGAGGAGCCAAAGUAAUUUCUACAGCAUACAGUCUUGAAGACAAGCAGUACUUGGAGAGACUUAGACCUCCUGUGGCUCGAGUCAUUGAUGUCUCAAAUGGUAAGAUUGAUGUGGCAGAAAGCUGUUUGGAGGAAACAGGCGGGCUGGGAGUGGAUAUUGUCCUCGAUGCUGGAGUGAGAUUAUACAGUAAAGAAGAUGAGUCAACAUUAAAACCGCAACUGCUGCCACACAAACAUGAUAUCAUUACACUUCUUAGUGUUGGAGGACACUGGGUAACCACAGAGAAAAACCUCCAGCUGGACCCUCCAGAUAGCCAUUGCUUGUUUCUUAAGGGAGCCACAGUCUCUUUUCUGAAUGAUGAAGUAUGGAAUUUGUCAAAUGUGCAACAGGGGAAGUAUCUUUGUAUCUUAGAAGAUGUAAUGGAGAAGUUAUCCAAUAGUGUUUUCAGGCCUCAGUUGGAUGAACCAGUCCCAUUGUAUGAAGCCAAAGUUUCUAUGGAAAUAGUUCAGAAGAAUCAAGCAAGAAAAAGACAAGUCAUCCAAUUCUGAAGCACAAUUUCCUUGUUUCUAAGACUGGGAGUCAGAGAUAUGUAAUAUAUUUGAGAAGUAAAUUGGUGUGCAACUUCAAAUAGUUCUGUAACUAGGGUCUGAAGAUAGUGUCUGGGCUGUGAAUGUUUUGGUACUGAGACUUUUCGUUUCCCUGUAUCAAAUCUAAUAGAAUGAUUCCAUCAACAACUUUAAAGAGAUACCAUUAACUUAAAAAUCACAUCUGUCUGAUUUUUCCCUCCUAUUACUGUUAUAUGUAACAAUCUAAGAUUAUUUUGGGAUUAGAAAAAAAAUAUUUUUUCUGAUUGUUCAGUUUUAUUUUUUGCAUUUGACAGCAUCUAAAUAGUCUGCUUCAGUCUUUAACAUACUCUUUUUAAACAGGGAAGAGAAAAAUAUUUAAAAAAUAGGAAAAUGUAGUAGUAAAACUAGCAAAAUUGGCAGAGGGAUUCUAGGGGUAGGCACAACUUAUUUGUAACAAGGUUGGGGUUUCGUAGGGUUUUUUUUCAAACUGAUUUGUUUUCAAGUUUAUCGUGUCCCUUUAAGAUUUGAAUUACUGUUCUACAACCAUUUCAUAACAUCCCACUUUUAUAUAGCUAUAAAAUUAAGGUAGACAAAUGUGAAUGAAAGAUUACACAGAUAUGAGGUCAGUCUUCCGCUUUAGUGUUCAAUUCGUGUUAAUGUUCAAUGCACUUUAUUGCACAUAGACUUUGUUCCUUUUUAUAUUGCUAAAUAGUAGGAAAUGUAAAUUGAAUUUCCAUCUCUGACAUCAUUCCUAAAACACCUUCUGUGUUCUUUCAUUUACACCCUUUCACUUUUGCUCUUUAAGAUUAACUAGUCAUAUACUAAUGUUCAUGAGAUCAGCUUGUCCAACACCAUUCUCCUUUCUACCAUCACACACACCAGCAUCCAUCCUGUUACUGCUUGAGAUCUGAAGCACGUUAAUAGAGCAGUUGGGUACAAUCUAAAUAUCACUGUCAGAGGGGAUGGUUCAAACUGUGAGCACUUGCACUUUGAAAUCUAGGUAUUACAUUGUUAGAUUUAAUCCUGAGUAACAGUAUGCAGUGUCGUUGUAGCUGUGUUCAUCCCAGGAUAUUAGAGAAACAGGGUGGGUGAGGUAAUAUCUUUUAUUGGGCCAACUGCUGUUGGUGAAAGAAAGAAACUUUUGAGUUUACAUAGAACUAUUCUUCAAAUCUGAGAAUUUUUUUUGUUUUUUUUCCCCCCGGACCGGAGGAAGAGCUCUGUGUAAAUUCAAAAGCUUCUCUCUCUCACCAACAGAAUUUGGUCCAAUAAAAGUUAUUACCUUACCCACCUUUUCUCUCUAUUGUACUGUAACAGUAUGUCAAUUUGCCUUGGUGUGCUGUUUUUCUAGUCACUGGGAUUAUCGCAUGUCCUCAGUAAAUCACAUAAUUCAGGUUAUAAGUAUGAAAAAAAUCUCAUUUUUCUGUUUGUGAUACAAUGUAAGCUUGAGAAUAGGUGCUGUUUCAUACAGAACAUACACAUAUAAAAUUACAUUAAGGCAUUUAUCUCUCAUUUAAAAUCAGUCUUGAACCCAUGAUAUAUCCAGCAGUGUAUUAUAUUUAUUUAUUCUCCUGUCACUUUCAUGUCAGUUUCAAUGUCUACAAAAUAAAAGGAGAGAGAAUAGAGGGAAUGGAAAUAAAAAUGAAAUGACAAAGAUGGAAUCGGUUUAACAAAACUAGAAAAGUAACAAUAAAACAACAAAAAGAAGUGAGAGACUUCUAGGUCCUAGAACUAUCAGUCUGUUUUUUUGGGGUUUUUUUUUUUAACCGUACUCUGUACAUUUUGACGGUUGGUCUCAUGAAUGGAGGGGGGGGGGACAUUUUGCAAAUUGUUUUGGUAAAUUUGAAUGGACUAGGUCCAUUGCAUGACAGCAUAGUCUCCUUCUUGACAUUUCCUCUACAGCCUCACACAUUGUAGGAGUGGCAUGCCAACACGUAUGUCCUUGGAAACUUAAAGCAGUAAGUGAUGGUGAGGGGUCAUAUGCAUGUCCCUCAAACCCUAUGUACAAUAGACUGAUAUAAAUGCCCCACCCCUUUUAACUAUCCCUUAGUUUCUCUCUCCAUCAAUGUAAAUUAAUUUAUUCUCUUUCUUUAUGGAGUGGUAGCUUAGAUACACUUGUAUAGAGCUUAAAAUUAGUCUAAAGCUAUUAGUGUAGACUUAUGCCAAGUUUUUCAAAAAUAGGAGCCUAAAGCUAGGCUCCUAAAUCCAUAUUUAAGCAUCUGAAUAAAGAGACCUGAUUCUCAAAAGUGUUGCACACCCAGCAGCUCCUGUUGUCCUCCCUAGAAAGUCUCUUACACUAAAGAAGCUCCUAAAGGGAUUUUUCAGCCUCAUCUAGUCUACUAAGUCAGAGGUGCUGCCAGAUGUGGAUUUGGACACUUUCUUGGAGAAAGACCCGGUUAGGCUACUAAGCUGCUAUUUCUACCACAGCUCCUGAUGAGGCUGGGUUGACUGCUUUCUCCUCUCUUCUGAGUGCAGCAGAGCCUUCUAAGACCUGGUAGGCAGAAUGGCAUCUGCUUUGGAUAUUCAUCUAGCAGCUUUGGUCAGCAGGACACACUUGCUUUAGUCUGUCCAAAGAAGUGUUGAAUUCACCUGUCUCUGUGGCCUCAGUCUCUGGAUGGCUGUAGGUUUUUUGAACCGGUGAUAAAACUGUCUGCAUUGGGUCUACACUAGCUCACUCCACAACAGUGCAGUGGCACCAGUGCUAAACUAAUGCCAGGAAAAUCACUUGUGUAGACAAGGCCCAGAUGUGAAAGACUCCUCCCUGUUCUAUCCCUUUAGAUAACAGUUCUGCUUCUUUUGGCAUAUAUCAUUCUAGUAAACAUGUAAGGCUACUGUGUAAAUAGCCUGUAAUUAAUGGCUUUGAUAUAUCUUCAAAUAAAUCUUUU